AUGGACCAGAAGCCCGCGGUUCCCGGGCUCGACCGCGCCACGAUUCGCUCGUUCCCCGUGUUCACGUAUCGCGGUUCGGACGGGUUGGACGGUCUAGGGAGUGACGGGCUUCUUAUGGCGGAAGACAGCCGUUCUGGUUACCCCGCACCCCUUCCGCGCAGGCCCGGGCGCGCGGAGAGGCUGACGCGCGAGUGCGCGGUGUGCCUGGGCGAGUACGCGGCGGGCGAGCGCAUCAAGGUGGUGCCGGCGUGCGCACACGGCUUCCACGCCGACUGCAUCGACCUCUGGCUCGCCGCCAAAACCACCUGCCCCAUCUGCCGCCGCGACCUGACCCCUGUUAAAGCCUCCAGUAUCCCCAUUUCCCGCACCAACUCCACCAUCCCCACCAUCCCCACCGUCCCCACUCAAGAGAGCAACUCCUAA